AUGCACUUGAGCACCUUCGCAGUAUCCGUCAUUCUUAGCAUCGUUACUUUAGCGGCUUUGACAACCUCCGCUUCCAACACCGACGGCAACAACAGCCUCAACACCACCACAAAUUUGCAAUCUGAUCUGCGUGAUUUCCAAGAACUGAUACCACGUCGUCGCAUCCGCUACAUUGCCGCUCGUCAUUAUAUUGUCGAUGCGCGCUUCCGCAGCGCUUUGGCAUUUAUACGCAGCCCGGAAUUCCCGCUCACUUGGCAGCAAAUGCGAAAUACCAGCGAAUUUGCAGAGCUUGUCGGAUUUCUUCAACGCCAUGAUGGCAGCGACACGGAAGGUGGUGGCAUCGAUAUUACCACCAUCAUUGAUCGCAUACCAAAUCAACUUCGAGUCUUCAAUAUUCCAUCGAAGGUGCCGGUGAGCUUGAUGUUUCAGCGCACGGUGUCCGAUUUUCUCACUGAUGUGGUGCGUGAGCUGCCGCGCGCACGUUUUGCCAGCUUAAUGGCACGCAAGGUGCAGGCUGGCGGUGAAUUUUCGCAGCUAUAUAAAAGUGUGCGCAGCGAGGAGUUUAAGGAUUUGCUGCAAAAAACGAAGAGCUCCCGCAACCUUGCCGCUCCCCUACGCAAGCUGAAUCAAAACUUUAUUGACGUCGAUAAUUUAAUCAAGAUAGGAUUUAAUGUACUCAGCUGGGGCCCUUAA